UUAUAUCCUUACUGCCAUGUGUGUAGCGCUGGUCUGGAACUGAGCAGCAUCUGCUCAGAGAUUAAAACCCUCUGAACCAAAUCAGGGCAAACUGUGUGUAGACAAGGCUUAAAAUUUUAAAACACUCACGCCAGGCGAGUCACCCAGCCCUCGGGCCUUUCAUUUCAGUGAAUUUUUCCCUAGCGGCGACCCUGCAGGAAGUGGAGGUGCCCACCGUAGACACAACGAUCUGCAACGAUCGCUUCCGAGUAGGGUUACAAAAGCCUGCGGGUGACAAUCCCAUCAAAGAAGACAUGAUGUGGGCCAGGUCCAUGGAGGGCUAUAAAGGCUUUGCUUCGGGUGACUCCGAGGGACCCCUGGUGUGUGAGGAGGAUGGGACCUGGUACCUUGCUGGGCUUGUGAGCUGGUCACUGGUGAGAGAAGUGAGUGGGGUACUCACUAUUUUUCCCGGUUACCUUGGGGUCUACAACCGCCCGAAUGCCCACAACGACUGGAUCCAGGAGAAUGUGCCUGGUGUGAGUUUCACGGUGGUGAACUUCACUCUGAACAGUGCCAGUCCCUCUACCACCAUCACUCCGAGCAGUGUCCAUCCAUCUGCCAUCAUCACUUGGAAAGGUGCUGGUGGCCCCUCUGCCACAAUCCCCAGGGUCCUUCUCCUUGUAAUGUUUUUGCAGCUGACUCUCUAACCCCUCGACUCGAGUGGG